AUGGGCAUUCAGGUCGAUAUCUCCCCCAGUGCUGCCCGUUCUCGUCGUGUUUCAUCUCUAGGUGGCUAUGGUGAGUAUAACGCUAAGAUUGUACUUCUCUUUGGCUGUUUCAGUGGGAUAGUAUUUGGAGGGAUACAUUGUCUGGGCUGGAAUUACUUAUUUCAGAAAUACACAGAACACAUGUUAUGGCGUGCAGCUUCCCUUUGGAUAGCAUGUGCGCCGGUAUUUUUUUUUCUUACUUACUGGCAUAUGGUAUGGAGAGGCGAUACGUCGGAUUUCGCCGACAAGACCGGGAUAAUAGUUGUGCUCAUCAGCUCUUUUGUAUAUAUUGUUGCACGCAUUAUACUCAUUGUACUCAUGAUGAUGAGCUUACGAUCGCUGCCUCUUGGCGUAUAUGACACAGUAGCUUGGACCACGUUUAUUCCACAUUUCAAUAUGUAG